ACACAGUUUUCUUCCUCCAUAGAACAACUCUAUUUCUGUUCUCUUUCUUCUUUUUCCAGGGUUCCACAAUCAUCCCGAAGAUCCCCAAUGGGUUAUUUCACUCAAAAAAUGGAAGUCACCACAGAGUUCCCCCCAGCUCUGAUGUUCAAUGCCUUUGUCUCUGAGGAUAAAUUUCACAUCCACAAUUUUGAUGUUUCAGAGAUUAUAUUGUCCAUUCAGAAUGUCGAAUUCAUUGAAGGAGAUGGAGGCGCUGGAAGCAUUAAGAAGAUCACCUUCAAAGAAGGAAGCGAAGUCAAGUAUGUGAAGCAGAAGAUUGAAGCAAUCGACGAGGAGAACUUCUCAGUCAACUAUAUUAUCAUAGAAGGUGAAGCUCUGAUGAACAAUUUGGAGAAAAUAUCUUAUGAUAUUAAGUUUAUAGCAGCUUCAGAUGGAGGAUCCAUCUGCAAUAUAAGCAGCAGCAAGCAUUACACCUUUGGUGACAUUUAUAUCAAGGAAGAAGAUAUCAAAGCAGAGAAGAAAAGGGCCCUGGGAUUGAUCAAGGCAUUAGAAGCCUACCUAAUGGCAAAUCGUAAAGCUCCUAAGAUCAAACUUGAUUAAGUCUUUAUUUGGCUUGUCUGGAGUGGUUUGUCCUUCUGUUCAAAUAAAAGAAUGGUUUGUUCUUUCUAAUGUUUUCUUUGUAUUAAGCAGAUCUUAUUCUGCCCCUAUCUUUGCUCUGUUCUUUGGACUUUGAGGUUCUGCUCUGUAUUAAAAACCUUCAUCUUCA